AUGUCUCGCCUAAUCGGAUUCUUCGCUGUUCUCAUACUCCUUUCGAUAACUGCACACUCGGCGCCUUCAUGCCCUACGGUGUCACAGGAGGUGGCUCCGUGCGUCCCUUUCGUGAAAGGUGGAGCCAGCGCCAAACCAUCGGAAGCGUGUUGCAAGGGUGUCAAGAACCUGAGUGUGAAUGCCAAUAACAAGGCAGACAAGGAAGCUGUUUGCCUGUGCCUCAAGCAAGCGUUGUCUACCAUUGGAACCUAUAGUCCCUCUCAAGUCUCGGCUCUUCCCAAGAAAUGUGGCAUCUCCCUCGUCCUCCCUCCAAUUGACAGAAACACUGAUUGCUCAAAGUAA